AUGAUAAACAAAGCAUUAUAUACGCGUUUAAUAAAUACAAUGUGUGGUUCUGAAUCUAUUGUGAAAGAAUUUUCUGAAUAUAAGGCCUAUAUGGAUAGCUUUGUAAGAUAUGGGGAUACUAGAUAUAAUUCUAUUUGUAGUGAUAAAAUAUUAAAUAGUUUUUAUGAUUCUAAAACCAUAGAUAAGAGAUUAUGCAUACAAUCUGCUUCUCAUAUAGCAGAUAUAUAUUAUAAAGCUGCUUUUAAUAAUCCUACAGACGGAAAAUGUUCGUUCUUGUAUUAUUGGAUAUAUCAUUAUCUUAUCAAAAAUAAGAAAAGUAAUGAAACCAAAAAUCUUUUUAAUGUAUUGCUUAAGGCAUAUGAGAAUUUUAUUGGGAACUACCAAUUAUGCAGCAAGUAUAAACCUACUAGUGCAGAACAUAUUUUGAGCAAACACACAUAUAUAUAUGAUAUGCAUAUGUGUAUUAAUAAGGAAUAUGAAAAAGGAAAUACUAACAAAAUGCCUUUUUGUGAAGCACUUAAUAAUAUCAUAGAUGAAAAAAAUAAACAAACACAAGAACUUAUACAAGCACUAACAGAACCUCAACCUCAAGCUAUUGAAAUUUCUGAAGCAUCUGCAUCAUCCAAGUGCAGGUCUAAUACUGCAGUUCCUAUUUUAGGUACAAUUAUACUGAUAAUAUCAAUAUAUUAUUUAUUUUUGUUCGUGGAUAAGUUCACUCCAUAUGGAAAAUUGUUGCGUCGAGCAAAAAAAAAGUUAAAAUAUAAAUGGGAUAAAUCGUGGAAAAGUAAUGUAUUGGAAAAUUAUGAUAUACGAAGUAGUAUUCCAGAGGCGUGGGAUUAUAAUUUAUUAUACAAUUGA